AUGAGUUCAAAGAAAGAUUCCAUACGGCUUUCCACCUACGACGAGUUGUUCAGCUCGCCUCCAAAGGGACCCCCAAAGUCUUCUUUAAAGAAGCUUCGCAGCUUCCGUCGCCGUUCUGUGCAGCAGGGAAAGGGAGCUGAGUUAUUUGCUGCUUUACAGAAGCAGCGGGUUGUGAUAGAUGAGAAGGCGAUCCAUUUUGUUGCAGAGGCGAGAGCAGGCAAGCGAGCAGAUGCACGAAACUCUGUCUUUAAAUUAGCUCAGAGAUAUCAGGUGUUACCCGAUAGAGAGCGCAUGCAACGAAUAAAGCAGCUGUAUGGUAUAGUGAAGGAAAAUGAAGAUUCAGGAGAUGAAGCAUGGGAGGGCAGUGAUACUAAACUGCCAGGUAAGCUUGACCCUGAAGCUUACCUAAGGUUAAUUCGCAAACAAGACAGUGAAGAUCAUGAACAUUUAUUAAAUGAGAUGGAGGAAAUCAAUCAGGAGACUGCCGGACUUUCAGAAGAUGUCGUUACACCCGAAGGCAUUACAGAUGAACAUACACUUAACGAGCUCGAAAUGAUUAUAGAAGAAAACGAGAAAAAAUCUUCUUCUGAAUCAGAACAAAGUAAAACAGAAGAAGAAGAAGACGAAGACAAAUCCAGUGAUGAAGACAGCGAUGUGGACUUUGAUGAAGACGAUAUGAAAAGAAACAAUUUAUAUCAGUGGUUUAAAGAUAUUCAAAAGGCAUAUGAAAGCGGAGUUAAGCUCGUUAAAGUAAAUAGAAUGGGUUAUAAGUUCAUUCGCAUUGUUACAAUCAAAGAUAUGAUGCUGACGAUCAAUCAGCCGCACACGCACUCGCAGGCUAAGGUAGAUAGACAGGUUGCCCUGCAUACAAUUGUCUCUGUUGUCUUGGGAAAAGGUUCAAAAGAAUUUGCAGCAUUAGAAGAACUCGUUAAAGAAAAAAAAGAAGCAGAGGAAUUCAAGUGA